AUGACUGACAAAGGACAAUUCGAGGAGGGCUACAAGGUGCCGGUAACACACCAAGACUUCCCAGGCAAGGAGGGAAAACUGCCCGUCACCCCUCUGUUCGACCGAGUUCCGACAGCCGAUGGCGGCUCCAAACUGUAUCAAGCUGCUGGGAAGCUUGAGGGACUGAAGGCUGUUAUCACUGGCGGUGACUCUGGCAUCGGUCGCGCCACGGCCAUAUUGUUCGCCAUGGAAGGGGCCGACUCUUUGAUCGCAUACCUCCCCGAUGAGGAGGAGGACGCACAGGAAACCAAGAAGCGUGUCGAGGAUUACGGCCGCAAGUGCUACCUUGUGCCGACUGACAUCACUGAUCGCGCCAACUGCCAAAAGAUUGUCGACACCGCCCUGGAGAAGCUUGGCGGCAUCGACAUUCUGUUCAACAACGCCGCAUACCAGAUGAUGGUUGAAAACAUCAAGGACCUGAAGGAGGAACAAUGGAUCCACACCUUCAACACCAACAUCCACCCCAUCUUCUACUUGUCCAAGUACGCUUUGCCUCACAUGAAGAAGGGCUCAACAAUCAUCAACAACGCGAGCAUCAACGCAUACAUUGGUCGACCGGAUCUUCUGGACUACACGUCCACCAAGGGCGCCAUCAUUUCGUUCACCAGAGGAUUGAGCAACCAGUACUGCGACAAGGGCAUCCGCGUUAACGCAGUCGCCCCGGGCCCUGUUUGGACGCCGUUGAUUCCUGCGACCAUGAACGACGACGCCCAGAAGCAGUUCACGAGCCCCAUCGGACGCCCGUCUCAGCCUUCUGAGAUUGCGACCUGCGUAGUGUUCCUCGCCUCUACCGACAGCGCUAGCAUUACGGGACAGACCAUCCACUGCAACGGAGGUGUUAUUGUUAACGGUUAA